CACAUCCCUCGCGUCGACAGUCAUGGCGGGGAACGAGGAGAACGAUGCGGUCUCCGCUCUCGCGGGCUUCUCUCUCAACAGCUUGCUCAGUGAUCUAUCCCUUCCCGGAGGUGCUGGAAUUACCAGCCAACUCGGCCUCGGCGGCGGCGCAGGCGCGCUUUCCUCAGAGCAAAUAUACAACGAUGUCUACGAGGAUGACUACGGCCCUUUCGAAGACGACGAGGAUGAGGAGAUACAGCAGAUUCAAGACGCACCGCCUGCUGAGCCCCAGCCCAAGCAAAAGCGCGUCAAGGUCGUUAAACGGCUGGUUGAGCGACCGAAGACGGUGUACGAGCGGUUCCCGACGUUCGAGAAGAACAAAGUGCUGGACUUCACGGAGCUGUUUAGGGGGGAGACGAUCAGGAAGUCGAGGAUCGCGAGGAGGCCGUUUCAUGUUGAGUUGACAUACGCGCGUAAACGCGAGGUGCCGAAGAACUACCUCGAUCUAGUCGUGGGGGAUACGAAGCGACAAGUGGAGAACAAGCGCGUCGAAGAGGUGGUCUCUGCAGGCAGCAUUGAGUCGGACUUGCGACAUGCGCUUGAGGAACGCGACGGCACUGAAUCAGCCGUCAACCUCCCACUACACGAUCGCACCUUCGACCUCGUACUGCUUUCCAACUGGGAAGACCAGAUUGUAUACGACCCAGAGAGUGGCCCCACGGCCCACAGCUCGAAAGCCUUCGAUAUGCACGCCGAUACUAGUCUGAAUGCGCGGUUGAAUGACAAGGUGGAGUCUGGCGCGUGGACGCAGAGCAUUAUCUGGGGUCCGCACCAGCCUUUCCGCGACUUCACUCAACUGGAGUUCAACCACGAAGACGAUGUUGUGCCAGAGGAGAGGCAGGUCGAGCAAACGCGGCCACGGAAGCGCUUCAGGCUCGAUCCGAGCCAAGUUCGGGACAAGCUUAACAUCUCGAACGACCAGUACUACGAGGUGUCGAAAGAGCGGCAUCGCGUGCGGCAAACCUUCGGCCAGAUCCAGGUCGAGCAUGCCUACCCUGCGCAGAAGUUGCAGCUGCCCUUCUACAAGACGCGCCUGUCCAAAGCCGAAGCUCGCUCCUUCCACCGCCCCGCCCUGCAAUUCCCCAGCAACAUCGAGCUCACCUUCUCCAAAGUGCGCACAGCAAAGAAGAAAAAGGACCGCGCAGGUCGCAAGCUUGGCAAGGGUGGCAACGUUGCCGAAGGCUUGCACAAAACCACUGACCUCAGUCUGCGCGAUACGAGCAACUUCGUACUGUGUGAAUACUCGGAGGAGCAUCCGCCUGUGGUGCCCAACUUUGGUAUGGGGAGCACGUUGGUGAAUUACUACCGCAAGAAGGACGAUAAGGAUGAGUAUGUGCCGAAGUUCGACUUGGGUGUACCAUUCGUGCUCGAACCCCAAGAUGAUUCGCCGUUCAUGAAGUUCGGCAACGUAUACCCCGGUCAAGCUAUACCCGCACUGUACAACAAUCUCGUCCGCGCUCCUCUCUUCCGUCACAAACCUUACAACACUGACUUCCUUGUCGUUCGCCACACCUACAAGGGUCAAGUUACCUACUACUUGCGGGAGAUCAAGAACUUGUUCGUGGCUGGGCAAACCUACCCGGUUACCGAAGUUCCUGGUCCGCACUCCCGCAAGAUCACCAGCACCAUCAAGAACCGCCUGCAGAUCAUUGCCUUCAAGCUGCUCCGCAAGAGCGACGAGCAGCGUCUAAAGAUCCACCGGCUCAUGAAGUACUUCCCCGACCAAAAUGAGCUGCAGAUGCGCCAGCGGCUGAAGGAGUUCAUGGAAUACCACCGACGCGGCAUUCACCAGGGCUUCUGGCGGUUGAAGGACCACCUUACCAUCCCCUCGGACGCGGAGAUGCUGAAGAUGAUCACGCCCGAGCAGGUCGUCCUGAUGGAGAGCAUGCAGGUCGGGCAGCGACAUCUGGCGGACUGCGGGUACACGCAGACGGCGGAGGACUCGGACGACACGUCGAAUUUGUCCAUUGAGCAGCAGCUUGCGCCGUGGAUCACGACGAAGAACUUUAUUCUGGCGACGCAGGCGAAGGCGAUGCUGAAGUUGCAUGGGGAGGGUGAUCCGUCUGGGCGCGGGGAGGCGUUCAACUUCAUAAGGAUAUCGAUGAAGGAUAUCUUUGUGAAGGCGGGGGAGAACUAUGAAGAGAAGCUUGCGGAAGCAGAGAGCCGGCCCAAAUCUGCGCAUCGGUACAAUGUUGCGGAACAGCAACAAAUAUACAAGAGCGAAGUCGAGCGGAUAUGGAAGGCUCAGUUCGACUCGUUGAGCCGGAAGGACGAGCCGCCACUCACGGAGGAGGACGAGCGCGAGUUUGCUCGCAAAGCUCGCGACGCCGCUGCCGCCCAACAGCGUCCGGAGGGUAUGAGGGAUUCGCCUAUGCCUUCGGAUGACCGGGAGGCCAGCAUGGCCCCGGACUCGGUCAAGAAGGUUAUGCGUAUCAAACGCUUGAUCGACGGUGUCUGGAAGACGGAGAUCGUCCGCGAUCCCGCCGUCAUUCGCGCCUACAUCCGCAGCCGCCAGAUCCUCGAGGAAGAGUCGACGAUGGCCGACAGCCUCGCGCCGACGGGCGACGCCGAGAAGGACAAGCGUGCGAUGAAGCGUCUCGAGGAGGAGAUUGCGCGCAUGAAGAAGAACCAGGAACGGCGCCUGCACCGGAAGAACGCGAAGAUCGUGAAGGAGGGCGGCACGCCGAUGCAGCUGAACCGGCCUAUCAAGCCGGACACGACGCGUCGGUGUGGGCAUUGUGGGCAGAUUGGGCAUAUGAAAACGAACCGCAAGUGCCCGAGGUGGGCAGAGUUCAACAGUGCGACGCCGCCGAUGCCUGUACCUACGCCGGCGAGCAACAAUGCGGGACCAGCAAGCGUGACGAGCCCUCCGCCACCAGGUGGUAUGGGCUUCAACCGCGGUCCUGCGUUCGGCUUCCCUGCUGCUGUGCCUUCGCCGCUUGCGACCAGUCCGCCAGUCAGUGCGAUGGAUGUGGACGACGAUAUGGGGUCUUCGUCGCAGACUGGCGGGCCGAAGCUCAAGUUGACCUUGAAGAGGUCAUAGACUAUACAUAUAUUCUGUAUUGGACGUUCCUGUAUCAUAGUGUAAUCUACUGCUCUGCUAUCGUCGGAUGCUUUCAAGCAUCUGGAUCUCAUUCGCGAUGACCACUGGCUGUAGCCAACUGCCACCGAGAGAAUAGCUAUUCUUCCUUGU